AUGAGCGCCGAAUUGGUCUGGGCUUUGGUUAAGAACAACUCAUCCUUCCUCGUCAAGCGUCCUAACGGCGUCGAGUUCACUGCUGAACGCGGCAACUUGACCAACUUGAACACCUUCAAGUACUCUGGUCUUGCUAACAACAAGGCUGUUGACAUUGCUGCUGCUCCCCGUGGUGUCCGUGUCACCCUUAAGAAGGCUAAGCAAGCUAACAAGCCCGCCAAGUCUACUCACUCCUACGUCAUUGCUAAGUCUCGCCGUGCUUCUGCCAAGUCUGUCGCCAACUUGGUUGCUCGCUCUGGCUACCGUGCUGAUUUGCGCAAGGCUGCUCUUGCUCGCACCUCCGCUGUCAUCUCUUCCCAAGCUCCCAAGAAGGCUCCUGCUGCUGGUCCCGCCAAGGGUAUCCGUGCUGAGAAGAAGGCUGCCAAGAUCUCUGCUUAA